ACGUAUAACGGUCAGAAUGAGAAUAACGAAGACUAUGAGAUCCCUCCCAUAACGCCUCCGAAUCUCCCCGACCCUUCCCUCCUGCACUUGGUGGACCACGAAGCUGGAUAUCACUCCCUGUGCCACAGCCUCCCUCCGAACAGCCUGAUCCCAGCCUACCCCUACCAGAACAUGGACCUGCCGGCCAUCAUGGUCUCCAACAUGUUGAGUCAGGACGGGCAUCUCCUCUCCAGCCAGCUACCCACGAUCCAGGAGAUGGUCCACUCGGACGCCACGUCCUUUGAGUCCAACCGCCAAGUGCCCCUGCUCAACCGCCCCGGGAUGUUAGCCGGCCCCAUGGGCGCGCUCAGCCAGUCGCAGCUGAUUUCGCAGAUGGGGAUGCGGAGCGGUGUUACCCACGGUUCCCCAUCGCCCCCGGGAAGUAAAUCUGCUACACCAUCUCCCUCCAGUUCUACUCAGGAAGAGGAGACAGAGUCACACUAUAAGGUGACUGGAGAGAAAAGACCAUCAACAGACUUGGGCAAAAAGCCCAAAACCCAAAAGAAGAAGAAGAAGAAGGAUCCCAAUGAGCCCCAGAAGCCCGUGUCAGCCUACGCCCUGUUUUUCAGAGACACACAAGCAGCCAUCAAAGGGCAAAACCCCAACGCUACCUUUGGAGACGUAUCCAAAAUUGUCGCAUCAAUGUGGGACAGCUUGGGAGAAGAACAAAAACAAGCGUACAAGAGGAAAACAGAAGCCGCAAAGAAGGAGUACCUGAAAGCCCUGGCAGCGUACCGGGCCAGCCUCGUCUCCAAGAGCUCUGCCGACCAGGGGGAGACGAAAAGCACCCCGAGCAACCCUCCUUCCAAAAUGAUCCCCCCCAAACAGCCCAUGUACCCGAUGCCACCGCAACCUUCCUCGCCCUACCCCGGCUUGGGUUCCUUCUUGUCCCCGUCGGACCUGCAGAACUACCGCAGCCACCCCCACCCCAGCCUCUCCCGGCCCCUCACCUCCAAACCCAUGCUGCCCAGCAUCAGUGCCUCCCGCCCGCCCUCCCUCCAGAUCAGCCCCCAGCUCUCCUUGCACCACCCGCAGAGCUCCCUCCUCAGCCAGCCCCUCAGCAUGCAGCAGGUCUCCCAGCAGCCCCUCCUGUCCCCUCCCAUGGCACUACAGGUACAGCCCCCCAUCAACGCCUCGCCUCCCGGGCAGCAGGACUUCUCACAUAUUUCGUCUGAGUUUCAGAACAGCGUUGGACCCCGUUCUCCUGGUGCAUCAAACCCUCCAGGAAGCACCGAAUGGGACAGCGACUACCCCAGCAGAGAGUGUGGGAUCAACCACUGCAGCAUGCUGCCAAGGGACAAGGCACUCUACCUCACCUAGAACUCCCCAUCUUGGCUCGAGGAGGCUCAGAUGAAGGACACUGGAGAGGGUCGAUCUUACAGACUAUGCGGAGAGGCACCGAGCAAGUCGUACGGACGAGAGAGCUACCACUGCACCUCGUCGCUGGCUUCGUUUCCAGGCUCUAAGAGCAGUUUUCUUUUUUAUUAUUUUUGAACUCUAAAAGUCUACUUUCUGUGGAAGCCCAAAACCUCAUAAAUCAUGAAGAACAAAAAAAAAAAAUUAAAAAAAAUAAAAUAAAUAUACACAAAACUAACAAAAAAAAAAAAAAAACUAAGGACACCAUUUUUCUGCUUGCCAUCAGCUUAGCUACAGACUAUUUUCCUAGUGAACUGCUUUUAGACGCAGCAUAGGGCCAGGUCUGGUGUCCGACAGCAUUAGGCCAGCUCAGUAGGAGGAUGCACUCUUUUGACUUGCUAACAGCACUAAACUUUGUGCAAGAAAAUGUGAAGUUUGUGUGAAUAUUGUACAUGCAAAGGCCUUGGAUGUCUGGCAAAAA